AUGGCAGAUGCAUUCUACCCCUGGCUGUUAGCUGUGGCCUGCGCACUCCUGAUAGCAAAUGUGCUGUACUACUUGGUGAUUGAGAAAAAUCAUAUCACCAACAUUCGGAAUGUAGUCCGUAACUUCCGUGACCACCGGUACUACCGUCCCUGGGCGCCGGAGCCGAUCAUGAUCCCAGCAACCAAAAGAAUAAUGACCGAGCUCAGCGAGACAUCAGUCCUAUCUCAGCGAGCGGUCUAUUCAGACCUGUUCGGAUUCAAACAUACGUUGAACGGCGCUGACCACAACGAGGUCAACACGAGAAAGUCGCGUCUUCUUAGCCGGGUUCUUCAGGUGCGAGGUCCGACCCAGUUCGAGGAACUAUACCCGUAUCUUCUUCAUUACCUGAAGACAAUUGUGGAUGCGGAAAUCUCUUCUGGAGGCACUACGUCUAUCCGUCUAGCUCGAUUUAGCGAAACCACCCUCUCACGUCUCAUGGGCGUGUGGUUUUUCGGGGGAAAUAUGACGUCUGACCCGCGUCUUCGAGACGCCCUGUUGAAUCACCCACGCCAGAUCAAAGCAUGUUCGGCUGCAUUUCAGCUAACUCCAAGAUUUAUUGCACCUCUCGUCCACGCAAUGAUCACUUGGCGUGGAUCGGCAAUGCACCUGAUCCAAGACAGGCUGAUUGACGUGAUAACUGCUGGAAUUGACAAUUUGGAUGAAAAGCCAGAGAUCAAGAAGUUGACACUCCUUUAUCAUAUGGUUGACUUAUCGACAGCAGACCGCAGCUACUGGACACCAGAGAGACUUUCCCAAUCACUCCUGGGCCUCUGGCUAGCAGCCUCGCACCAGCCAUGGGUAAACCUACACGCAAUCUUGGUUGAGUUGUGUCUGCGGCCCGAGUGGCAGGAUGCGCUCCGAGACGAGGCCCUGCAGAGCCAAGACGACCUCGCAAGCAAGAUCAACGAGCUACCACUUUUGGAUAGUUUCAUGCGGGAAACUGCACGAGUGAACUCCUUGGAUAAAAUCGCGAUCCGCCGCAAAGCCUUGACCGAUUAUUCUUUCUCGUCCGCGCCCCUCUCUAUUCCGGCUGGAUCAAUCCUUUGCGUAUCCUCGUACGAUGCCACACGCAAUGAGCACAUCUACCCGGACCCCGAGAAAUUCGACGGCAAGCGAUUCAUUAACGGACGAUGCAAAGAUACAUCGCACAAAUUUGCCGACGUCUCUGAGAAUCAUUUGAUCUGGGGCUAUGGAUCUCUCGCUUGCCCAGGAAGACACCAUGCUGCUUUUAUGAUCAAAAUCAUCGUUGUGCAUAUUGUGACCAACUAUAGCUUGCGAUUGGCGGACCCUGAGGCACCGAGAUGGUGGACUUGGGAGGAUUUCCGCAUGCCCUUUGCGUCGACGCGAGUGCUAUUUAGCAAGAGGGCGACUGAGGAUGAUGGCCGUUCUUGA